AUGGACAGUAUGCCAGGAGAUUUGACGACGGUUGUCCCAUUUCAGUUGGACGCGACUUCACAGACGGCUCUCGCUGGAUCACGCAGCAAUCUUUCGCUUGUUACCAGUCCAUCACCACCAUUGCAAUUGUGUGACUCACGCCUGAAGCUACUUGAUAUCAACUACUGGACCAGAGUACCAAUCAGUAACGAAUUUGCAGCCGGGGCCAUAUCGACCUAUCUUGAAACAGAUCAUGCUUUGCUUGGCUUCUUUGAUGCUGAUCUCUUCCUAUCAGACCUGGUGGAACAGCACCUUGACUACUGUUCUCCCUUUCUUGUUAGCUCUUUAUUAUGUAUGGCUUGUCUUUGCUACACUGGAAUUGAUGAGAAAGCUACUGCUCUAAGCCACGUCUUCCAACAAGAGGCAGAGCAAUUAUGGUAUGCUUGUCGUGGUUCGGAUACUAUCGUUAAUGUAUCAGCAAUAUCACUAUGCUCAAUAGCCUGUAUUUGGCUUGGUAAGGAUAAACUUGGAAAAGAUCUUUUGAAAGACGGUCGCGCCAUGGCGGAACGACUUCAGUUGUUUGGCUCGCAACAAAGUGAUCUAUUAGAGACAAAGUUUCUAAGAAUGAAGCCAGAACAGAUACGUGCUUCAUCUUAUGCAGCUUGGGGAUCUUACGGCUAUAUCACAUUUCAUGCUACUAUGUAUGGAGGAGAACCCAUCGCAUGUCCACCAGUCUUGCCAUUGCCAGGCGAAGGCAACAAGGGAAAAUCACAUCAAAAUGACACACAAAGGCCAGUCCAUUCGUUGCCAGAUUAUAUGGGCUGCACCUUCACAGCAAUGUGUAGGCUCUGGUCCAUUGUUCAGGGGGUUUUGAUGUUCUAUAAUUCUUCGCCUAAUAUAGCUCACGCAAGAAGGACUCCGUUGUCUUUCGCUGAGCAGAAGUAUCAAGAGUUAUUAUCGUGGGCGGACUCACUUUCGAGCAAGCUGGUUCGUAAUAGUCGCAGUCCACUUCACGUAUAUAUCUUCCAUACUAUGUUUCAUGUGACGGUUCUGAACGUUUUCCGGCCACUGCUGCAGCAAUCGGGGAGUUGUCGCUUACGAUCAUUUGCUUCAUCUGAUAGCUCUCCAAUUUCUGUUUUUCAUGCCUCUUUUCAACAGCUAAAGAGGCUUCUGAUUGAGGCCAUGACACGACCGAGGUACAGCAUUCAGAGCGGUCUGCUGAAUCCGGCUGUCAUGCAUAUAAGCAACAUCAUCCUGGCGCAUUCAGAUUCUCGUGCCUAUCGUUACUAUUUUCUGCUUUGCAUGAGCUUUUGGAUCGAUGCUACCCCGUCUUUUCCUGUUCUCGCGGAUAUUGCGCGAGGGUAUCUAUCACUAGCGUUACGCACUAGGAGCAUAUCCGCUCAAGAUGCGCGGGGCUUGAAGCAAAAGCUGGCACAAAUAAGCAGACAGUAUAGCAGUAAUGAAGUAUCAUCUGUUAUUGUUGACUUUGAUCGUGCAACGAUCCAGGGGGCUUCAUACCGGGCAAACGAGCUAGCAAGAGAGUUUGAUGAGCAUGCAAUGUUUGAAGAGUUUACUCAUAAUAGUGUUCAUUAG